GUCGGACGUGGUCGGGAGAAGACGUGCGCGUGUGGUGCCGCCCGCCGCCUCAGCGAGUGCCUGUCUGUGCAGUUGUCCCCGAGACCUCAGCCUCACAGCCCCGCCCUGCCGCCCGCCCGCUGAGAGAAAACAAUCAGCUUCAAGGUCCACGCGCUCUCCCAAGGAAAUUAUAGUUUUUUGUUUCCUUCUUCGUCUGCUGCUGUAUGUAAAGAAAAGAAAAAAGCAAAGAAAAAACAAAGCGAUUACAACGCCUGAGAAAAUGAAGGAAAAAUACUAAACGUUCCAACAUCGCAAAAUAUUAGUUAGAAAAUAGAAAAUAAAGAAAAUACUGCGAAGCUUUCAAGUACUUACAGAUAGUGUGAUAAACUAUUCCGCUGUGAGUGUGAAAGUUCAGAGUAAGUGUGUUAGAAAAUUUAAUCCCAGUGUUUUUUGUUCUUUUUUGUUAUACAAGUCAGACAGGAAAAUAAGUCUGAAAAAUAAACAUUAACCAAAAUACAAUACACAAACAUACGAAGCUUUAACAUCUAAGCGUAUUAAUUUGGUUUAGAGGAUUUUGAAAAGAUAAAAAGUCGAAAAAACAAAAAGUGAUAAUAUUAUUUGUUAGUUUAAUGCGGAUUUUCUGAGCACAGCAAAAACUUGAAACCGAAAACAGGGCUGGAGAGAUUUUUAACCAUCACAUAUUUUGAACACAAGAAUAAAACGUCUGGAAAAUAACCUAAAUAAAACUUCCAUUAUAAAAGAUUAAAUAAGCAUACAGAAAAAAAAAAUGACAAUAACUCUUCGUAAACUCAGUGAAGUUAGUACAUAAGUAAAACUGCAUUAGGUAUUUAAGUAGCCCGGACGUUACUUAUAAAACAACCCAAGAGAGGGAGAGAAAGAGUCAACCAAAAUAGUCUCAUAAAAAAAAACUUCAAAGGCUCUCAAAGUUUCCCUGAAGUUUUUUUUUAUUAUUAUUAUUUUACGGUGACCUUCUGAAGAGACUCGAGGUGAUCUUCUGGUGACCAAAGGAUAAAAAAAAAAGAGCAACCCAAAGAGCGCCCUUCAGUUGUUCUCAAAGUGCCCCUCAAAAGCGACCUCUUGGAGUGACCUCUUGAAGUAACCUGAAGUGACCUGACGUGACUCCACCCACCUGUCCACCGAGAUGACUCACCUGGUGCCGACCCUCGCCCUCACCUGCCUCCUCGCCACCCUAUUACAACAAGGGUGCCGCGGGGAGGGGGGUGGGGAGGGGUGUCCGCCCCCGACCCACACCUUCAACAUGUCUGUGCUCCCUGUCGCCGACCCCACAGACAAAGUGCAGGAAGUCAUGUUCAUGGGAGUGGUGGGUCCCUACGACGAGAAGCGAGUGUGCAAGAUUAAGUGCGUUUCUGGCCGAUGGGUGGGGCCCCUCUGUUCGCUGGAGCACGACUCCAGCCGCUUCCAGUCCAUGUUCCGGCCGUGCACGAUUCAGACUCUGGCCAAGCACACCGUCCUCACCUACCGCGGCCGGCACAUCACGCCCUCCCCCGAGCUUGAGUUCCCCCACGGGUCGGAGGUGGCCGCCCGCUGCGACACCCCGGGGAAGUUCAAGCUGCUGGGGGACUCCACGCUGACCUGCACCAACGCCAAGUGGACGGGCAGGUUCCCAGUCUGCGUCCACACUAACUACUACUCAAACUACUCCGUGGACGCCCCCCCUGCGCUGGACUGGUCGGUGGCGGGAGGCGAGGGUGGCGUGGAUGCUUCCGGUGGACUCAUGCUGUUACCUGGCUCCAUCCUCCACCUGGACUGCCUGUUCCCGCGCCUCCACGGUAAUCCCACCUGGACCUGGACCUCGAGUUACCGCCAGUACCCGACAGGCUGGGCCAUCAACAGACUGGAGCGGGAGCUGCGGUACCGACUCUCCCUCUACUACGCCAAGACUGAAGACACCGGGACCUUCACCUGCACCGCCCCCUCAGGGCACGAUAAUCACCUGUCCAUUACAGUUAAAGACGUGUCGUGCCCGCCAGUGAUCGGGGAUGAGCCGCUGCAGGUGCACGGCGACAGCGUCACCCUGGGGGCGGCCCUCACCUUUUCCUGCCCCGAGGGUCACCACCUCUCCGGCGCCGUCAAAGUCACCUGCCUCCCCUCAGGGGAGUGGUCCAGCACUGCCCCGCGGUGCCAGGUCGUGCGCUGCCCCGCGCCGGCCACAGAGGAGCCGAGUCUUCAGCUGCGGACGGCCAACACGAGCUACCAGGGCAGGGCGGAGUUCACCUGCCUGUCGGGCUUCCGGCUGUCUGGUCAAUCUGUCCUGCACUGCACUGCCAACGGAACCUGGUCGGACCCUGUCCCCACCUGUCACGAGGUGUUGUGUCCGGUGGUGCACCCGCCCCAGCACGGCCAGGUGACCGGCGCAACCACACGGCGAGUGGGCGACGCCAUCACCUUCACCUGCAGCCCGGGGUUCGUCGCCCGCGGCCACGCACUCGCCUUCUGCACGCACGAAGGCGUCUGGUCCCACCCCGUGCCCCAGUGCGUGAGGUCCUGCAGCCACCCCGGGGAGCCAGAGCACGGCCGAGUAUCACCCCGCCGCCCCCGAUACCACGUGGGCGCUACCCUGUUGGUCACCUGCCGCCCUGGGUAUCGUCCCGCGGGGCCUGACCGUAUCACCUGCCUGCACACACGACGCUGGUCCGCCCCGCUCACCAGGUGUGUCCCCGCCAUCGGCUGAGCGGCUACACAGGGAUGCUCCUACACGUCUCAACACGCCUCGCCGAAACCUCCCUCCCGACGGCCCGCCUCACGUGACUGGCCGCUCCGGCAGUCUUGGGUCGCAGGUUCGAUGGUGAGGAGCCACGGGCGUCCCUCGUGCCCCCGGCGUGACCAGAAGGGAUUGAGGUAGCUGAGUGUGUAUGUGUAUAUAGUCUUGGUUUGCUAUAUAAAGGCGUCUGUCUCCCUGUGUGUACAUAUGUGGUAUUCUUCUUAGUCUUCGUGGAGGUUGUGGUGUGUGUGUUUGUGUGUGUGUGUGUGUGUGUGUGUGUGUGUGGUGAUGCUGUAUAUGGUUGUUGUUGUAAAUUCCGGGAGCCGCGUCCUAGAAUAUCCUGCUCUUGUCAUCAUUCCUGACGCCGAAGAAUCUCAAAGUUGCAAGAAAAAUACUUGAGUCGAAAUUUAACACAGGAAAAGAGGCAUCAGAUCAUCCUUCAGAAAUGUUUGGUAUGAGAUUCUAAACACCAAAACAAUACAAUUUCUGCACACACACACACACACACACACACACACACACACACACACACACACACACACACACACACACACACACACACACACACACGAUAACAAAUCU